AUGUACAAGAUACUGGCACCCACGCUCUUUGCAUCUUUGGUCGCAGCCCACGGCCAUGUCACAAACAUAGUGAUAAACGGCGUCUCCUUUGGGGGUUGGGAUAUUGGCAGUUAUCCAUACACUGAUUCCCCACCAACAGUGGUAGCUUGGGGUACACCAAACACGGCGAACGGGUUCAUCGAGCCAGAUGAGUACACACACUCGGACAUCAUCUGCCAUCACAAUGCUACAAACGCAAAAGGACAUGCCGUUGUAGCUGCCGGUGACCGGGUCUUUCUUCAAUGGACCGAUUGGCCCGAUUCUCACCAUGGCCCGGUCAUUGACUACUUGGCCAGCUGUGGUACAGGCGGUUGUGAGACUGUGGACAAGACUAAGCUUGAGUUCUUCAAAAUUGAUGGAGUUGGUCUUGUUGACGGAUCAAAUGUACCUGGAACUUGGGGAGACGACCAGCUUAUCAGCCAAGGCUCAUCUUGGAUGGUCGAGAUUCCCAAGUCCAUCGCACCCGGCAAUUAUGUCUUGCGACACGAGCUUGCUGGCACCGAGGGCGGAGCUCAGAACUACCCACAAUGCUUCAACCUCCAGGUUACCGGCUCUGGCUCAGACGUACCAGCAGGUGUUUUGGGUACUGAGCUGUAUAGCCCCACGGACCCUGGUAUUUUGGUCAACAUCUACACAUCACUGUCAACUUAUGUGGUCCCGGGUCCAACCCUCUACAGCGGUGCAGUGUCGAUUACACAAACUACUUCUGCAAUCACGGCUACGGGUACCCCCCUUACUGGAUCGGGUGCAGCAUCUAAUGCCGCCACUACUGCGGUGUCAGCUGCUGAAACAAGUGAACCCAGGGUCGAAUCUGCCGCUACCACCGCGCUUCCCACAGCGGCCCCUUCUGCUAGCACAGGUCGGCCAAGCACUUUGAGGACAGCCACUCGCAAGCCUGCUUCGUCUACCACACGCCCGGCGACGAGUGCGACCCCAUCAUCGGGGGCUCAGAGUGGAUCCACCCAGUCUGUCUACGAGCAGUGUGGAGGUGCCAACUGGACAGGAGCCACGGCAUGUGCAUCGCCAGCAGCCUGUUCUUCCAUGAACCCUUACUACUCCCAGUGUGUGCCGACGGGCGUUUGA